AUGAAAUCAAUUUUACCUUACUCAGUGUUAAUAUCCACUGCAAUUGCUGUUUCUUCAGAUUUAGAAACUAUUAGAUCAACAACAUUAUCUACACAUUCCGAUUGUUCUUCAUCCAUAUAUUCUUCAUAUCCUCCGGUGCUUCCAUCAGCUUCAUCUCCAUACUAUCAAAAUAGUACUGUUAUUUCAUCAUCUUCUAAUCCUGAAGUUGCUUUACAUUCUUCUUCUUCUGAUGUCGUAUUGCCUUCUUCUUCUUCUUCCGCUAGUGAAUCAGAUGAAAUAGUAUACGAAUAUGAAACUGAAACCGAUGUUGAUUAUGUUGAAAUUACAAGAACAGUUUGUGAUUCAGAUAAUAAAUGUCAUGUCACUACUGAUUUAGAAAGUUUAACUACUUAUACUACUACUGUUGAUGGUAUUUUAACUGUUAUUACUACUGUUGUCCCAGCCACCACUACUGCUUCUACUACAAAAACAUCAACUUCUGCUUCAGUUAAAGAAGAAUCUACUAAUGGUGGUUCUCUUGCUGGUCUUGGUCAAGGCGUUUCUGAUUCCACUUCAGUCGAAUCCUCCAUUGCUACUCCUGUUGAAUCUUCUGUUGUCACCUUGAUUGAAUCAUCUGUUGUUACACAUGCUGAAUCUUCUAUUGCUACUCCAGUCGAAUCUUCUGUUGUUACUCCUGUUGAAUCUUCUGUAACUUCAGUUGCGUCUUCAGUUGCUGCUCCAGUUGAAUCAAAAUCAGAAUCAAAUGAAAUUUAUUACGACUAUGAAACUGAUGUUGACUACGUUCACGUUACUAAAACCGUUUGUGAUUCAGAAAACAAAUGUCAUGUUACUACCGAUAUUGAAAGUUUAACUACUUACACAACUACUGUCGAUGGUGUUUUAACUGUUGUUACUACUGUUUGUCCAAUUUCAUCUACUCCAACUCCUGUUAUUACUACUCCUGGUGAAGAAGAAGAUGAAGAAACUGAAAUUCAUUCUACUGUUAUUACUGUCACUUCUUGUGCUGAUGAUAAAUGUUAUCAAACUGUUUACACUACUGGUGUUUCAGUUGUUACUGCUGAUACAACUACUUAUACUACUUUUGUUCCAUAUGUUACUGUCACAGCAAAGAAAUCAUCAUCUUCUACUACUACUACUACUACUUCAACUUCUGUUCCAAAUACACUUGCUGCUGUUCCAUCAAGCCAAGAAGAUGAAGAAAAAGCUUCAACUCAUAGUACCUUCGUAGAAACCAUUACUGAAGGAACUACAAAAGCCCAUACUGUUACAGGUGAACCAAAAACAACUACUGAAAUUAAAUCAUUAUCAACCGAAGAAACUGUUACUAAAUACGGUACUACUGUUCUUACUGUGACUUCUUGUUCAAAUGAUAAAUGUCAUGAAACUGAACAAACUACUGGUGUUAUAGUUUACACAAGUGAAGAAACUGUUUAUACCACUUAUUGUCCAAUUUCAUCAAUUCCAACUUCAUCUCCAACUCCAUCAACUACUACCACAAGUACUACUAAACAAGAAGAAGAAACUGUUGAAACUACUACUGCUACCACAAGUACCACUAAACAAGAAGAAGAAGAAACUGUUGAAACUAAAGUUGCUACUACAGAAUCCAUUAAAGGUGUUGAAUCUGAAACUCCAGAAACUACAAUCAAACCAUCCAGCUCUUCUUCUUCAAGUUCAAGUACUAAACCAGCUACAGUUAAUGUUAUUACUGAUAAUAUUGUUACUGAAACUCCAAGUGUUGAACAAAUUUCAAGUAUGUCAACAGUACCAAUUGCUUCAGUUUCAAGUUAUGCCGUAAGUACAUAUGAAGGUAUUGCUGCUGGAUUAACUUCAAGCACAAGUGCUCUUGGAUUAAUUGUAUCUUUUAUCUUGUUUAUGAUCUAG